AUUUCUUCUUCUUUCGUACACAGAGAUCCUAUUGACCAUCACAUGUUCCUCAAGGCGAGAACAGCAUCCCGCACUGUCCAGCGUCUUCUCGUCUCGCCUCGUCAUCCCUCACUUGCUCUCACAGCCAGCAUUGCUGCUACCACCACUACCACCAGCAUCCUAAGAAGAACCAUGGCUUCCUCCGCUGCUGCCAGGCGUCUCCAGGAUAAGACGGUCCUCAUCACGGGCGCAUCAUCCGGCAUCGGCAAGAGCUGCGCCUUCGAGUUUGCGCGGACGGCGCCCAAGAACGGACUCAGGAUCAUCCUGACGGCGCGCCGGGUGGAAACGCUGCAGCAGAUCGCGGCAGACAUUGAGAAGGAGACCGAAGGGGGUGUGAAGGUGCUGCCCGUCAAGCUGGACGUGAGCGAUCCGGCGCAGGUGAAAGGCCUGGUGCCGGGGCUGCCAGAAGAAUGGAGGGGUAUUGAUGUGCUUGUGAACAACGCAGGCUUGGUCAAGGGCGUCGCCAAGGCCCCCGAGAUCGCGGAGGAGGACAUCAAAGUCAUGUUCGACACCAACGUGACGGGCCUCAUCAACAUGACGCAGGCAGUGCUGCCCAUCUUCAAGACGAGGCCCGACGGCGGCGCGGGCGAUGUCAUCAUGAUCGGCUCCAUCGCCGGCCGGGAACCGUAUGCCGGUGGUAGCAUCUACUGCGCGACCAAGGCGGCGGUCCGUAGCUUUACGGAUGCGCUGCGGAAAGAGCUGAUCUCUACGCGGAUUCGGGUUAUUGAGAUAGACCCUGGCCAGGUCGAGACGGAGUUUUCUGUCGUCCGAUUCUACGGAGACAAGGCCAAGGCGGACAAGGUCUAUGAGGGUGUGCAACCUUUGACUCCUGACGAUAUCGCCGAGGUUGUCGUCUUCACAGCGACUCGAAGGGAGAAUGUCGUGGUCGCUGAUACGCUGAUUUUCCCACAGCACCAGGCUUCACCGGGACAGCUGUACAAGAAGUCGGCUUGAAAUGGGUAGGGAUGUGGUCCUAUAAUGUGAGGGACAUAUCGAAGGCGUGUUGUGCUGUUCCUUCAAGAUUCUUCUACCUUCUUAAAUUAGUCGCUGGAUAUUCAUUGGAAUAAAGAUGGAUAUGAAGCAUAUAGAAUAGAGAAUGGACUUGCCGUGUAACACUUG